GCUCAUCUCGCUUCUAGACCUGAGUUAGUGCACACGACCUACCAUAGUUUCAAACAACUCAGGUAAGUUUUUCAUCGUCUCGUUUAUUUUUGAGGAGCCCAUAGCUCUCCCUGGCCGCUUAGCCUAAAGAUACUUCUCAGGCUCUUUCAGAUUAUAUUUCGGUAUAUAUCACACUUCUCCUGUACACACCUCUCUGUUCCUGCAACCAAAAACCGAUCUUGACAAAUCUGAAUCAAAUCACCAACUCAUUCUCUACGACUCUUCACACACUAUGAGACCAUCCUUUGUUACUUUUGUCAAACCCAGACGCCCAGUUCGUGCCGAUUCGCCUGCAUUAUUACCGCCACUCAAGCUCUACCGCGCAAUUCUCCGCUCGCACAGAAAGCUUCCGCAGUUGCAUAGGGACCUUGGCGACCAGUAUGUGAAGGCUGAGUUCAAGGCCCACAAGAGCAUCGACAACCCGUUACACAUUGUUGGGUUUUUAACCUCGUGGCAGGACUAUCUCACCAUGGUAGACCAGGGAAAGUGGAUGUCCGACGAAAGCAGUGGUGCCGACAAACUGGCGGUUCAGGGUCUCACCAUGGAGAUGUUGGACUCCAUGAGCGAGGACCAGAUCGUCCAGUUGUAUGAGUUGAUGAAAGAGACCAAGAAGGUGGCCGGAAUUAAAGAGUAGGUGCGUCCACUUCUGUACAUAUAAGGUUACGGGUAUAUAUCGUGCGGGUCCUCAUUUCGAGUCACCAAUAUUUGAAUCGGGAUUUAUGAAAGCCUUACAAGAGACAGUUGAAUACCGAGGAACUUGGACUAAUACAUUAAAAGCGGAAGUCGAGGACAUAGAGCAAGUACGAUUAUAUCCGAAAGACAUCUAUAGCCUAAAUAUUACCCUGUAGACAGGUUUUAGCAUUUAAAACAGAAACUGAGACUAAUUAACAUAAAGAUUUCGGGUGGAAGCUAAGAGUGGUAAUAGUAGGGAUGUUAGUGAUGCGUAUGUGUAGACCAGUGGAAGCUGAAUCAUGUCUGGGUGUA